AAAGGUUACAUGCGUUUUUGGAAUUCGAUAUUCAGAUGGGGCAUUCGGUAAUCGAAUGUUUCUUUUUGCUAGUGCUUAUGGCUUAGCUCGUCUUCAUGCCUGUCAUCUUUAUGUACACCCUUGGAUCAUUGUUGACCUCCGAACGACGUUUAAAAUCAAUCUAAAUCAAACUCCAGUCAAUAUAUUGCAUAAUCUGGCAGAAUUUGAAAAUCGAACUGACAUUUUUCGACGAUAUAGUGCGUGUACAUUAUUUGGCGACCUAUUCAAAAUACCUUUACCACAAAAUUAUACCCGAUAUGAGCUCGUAGGUUUUUAUCAAGCUUUCGGUUAUUUUGAUCGCUUCCGCAAAGAGAUUGAUCAGUUGUUCGAAUUUAACAGCGACACAGUUAAACUUAUUACUCCAUUCGUGGAAGAAAUGAUCAAAUCUGUAUGGAACUAUUCUGUCAAUUUCUACGCUAACAAUAGUCGAGUAACACAUGAUACACUAAAAUCAUUUUUACAACAUCCACCUUCCACCCUGCAACGCGUAACGUGGAUAGGGGUACAUAUUCGUCGUGGUGACUUUUUAACCUUCUUCAAAAUUGACACAAGUACUUCGUAUCUCAAUUGGGCAAUCAAUUAUUACCGUCAAAGAUAUGUUAAUUGCCGUUUUUUAAUUGCAUCCGACGACAAAAGUUAUGUUAAACAACAUUUGGGCAAUUUCUCUGAUGUUUUUAUAACGCCAUCAAUAUUUUUUCAAGGUCAUGACUUGGCUGCAUUGGCUUUAGCUGAACACUCUAUUUUGACAGCAGGAACCUACAGUUGGUGGACAGCAUGGUUAGCUGGUGGUAAUGUCGUACACGAUCUUAAUUACCCAGUACCAUUUCAGAAUUGUAUCAAAGAACAUUAUUUUCCUCCAUGGUUUCUUUUUCCUCACAAUAGUUCAAGCAAACGAUGGGCUCCACCACCAUCCUAA